CUUGUGAAAGUGUUAUUUAUCGUGCAUAAUUUUUUUCGUGCGGAAUCCACCAAGAUGCGAUGUUUAUGAUGUAGAUGCGGGUGCAAUUUGUGGAAGCUGGCGAGGUCGUGCACUGGAAUGAAAACCGUGCCUUGAAUAUGAGGUUGUAGAUGUCUGACCUUCAUGAAUCCACAGGAAGCAGAAAGCAGAACUCGGAUUCACUAACAUCAGGAGUCUUUCCGGACCCGUGAGGAAAAAAAAAACUUGCAUGACAGAAAUCAUUUGAAUCUAAUGAACUGGAAGGGUUAAAACUACUGGUAAAACUAAGAAAAAGCUUGAUAAUGUACUGGAUUGUUCCACUGAUUCCAAACACUAAUUCCAAACUUUCCAAUUGAGAGACCAAUCAUCGACCACACUGCUAUAUUCCAACUGAUUUUUCAUAGUUUUUAUAAUUGUGUAAACAAUCAACUUCUCCUUCUCUUGUGAUCUGAAUGUGUAACAGUACGUCAAACCAAAUAUCAUCCUGAUAAGGCCGUGCCGAUUCGAAUACUUAAGAAAGCAUCCAUAAAUCCAGAAUUACCCGAUCUUGACUCAGAGGAAACGAAACACACCACGAUGGCCUCUGUCUAUUUUCUCCUCCGUGUGGUAUUUGUGAUGUUGUGGAACUUGUUUUCAUUGUCUGAAGCGAGGUACUACUACCAGCCUAUUUCAAGGAGUAGGACACAGUAUGCAAGACAGGAUAAUGAUUACUUUACAAUGGAUAUUCUCAUGCCAGGAGUUAAACCAAAAACGCCUGAAGAAUACUUGUGCUAUGCUGAAGCUGCUCCUCUCAGAGAUGCAUAUAUUGUAAAUUUUGAGCCCAGAGCAUCGAUGAAAACUAUUCAUCAUAUGCUUGUAUAUGGAUGUACAGAUAUACCCAACAAUGAAGAGACAGUUGGUGCCUGUCAUGGGAGUCCAUGUUUAGGGAAGAGCAACAUCUUAUUCGGCUGGGCAAGGGAUGCAGCGUCUCCUGAUAUCCCUCAAGGUGUUGGUUUCCAUGUGGGCGGGGCUAGCGGCAUCAACUAUAUCAUGAUUCAGAUGCACUACGGAGACAAACUGGACCAUUUAAAAGGGACGUCAGGUGAUCAUUCAGGCAUCUCUCUCAUCAUGACUCACACUCCACAACCAUAUAUUGGUGGGAUUUACUUGCUGUGGUCUGGUGAUAUCAACAUCCCUGCUCAUUCUACCAAUGUUCAUUCUGAUAUUGCCUGCAAGUACGACAGCUCAGCUAACAUCCAUCCAUUUGCCUUCAGGGCCCAUGCCCAUGACCUAGGAAAGGUCAUCACCGGUUAUCUCAUCCGCAAUGGUGAAUGGACAGUCAUUGCCAAGGGAAGCCCAAAAUGGCCACAGGCCUUCUACCCGAUUGGGGAAUCAUAUACCAUCCAGCCAGGUGAUAUCCUAGCCGCUAGAUGUACGUAUGACUCUGACAAGGACAUCGCUACAUAUGCUGGAGGCACGCACAAUGAUGAAAUGUGCAACAUGUAUCUGAUGUACUACACCGAUGCAACGCGAGGCGAGGCCUUCCAAGAGUGCGGGCGCCCGGCUCCAGGCAGCUUCUUCUCAUCAGCCCCUCCCGGCUACAACACCGUCCCCUCUCUCCCUACCUCCUCCCAGCCGGAAACCCACUCACGUAACCGCCCUGCCCCUGUCGACACCUGGGACCCUUAUUAUGACUACGCUAACCAGCAGGGGUAUGAUAAAGAUGGGCAGAGUUACCCGCAGGAGGGGAGCAACGUCGAUUACGUUUCCCCGUCCGUUGAGGAUGUGGGUGGUGGGGGAGGGCGUGGCGGGGGAGGGCGUGGUGGGGAGGAUAGGGAAAGACCGGAAGGAACGCCCAAGCCUGUUGAUAACAUUCCAGAUACGGAUAAGACAUCUAGCCAGGCAUCUGAUGGCGAUGCCACGCAAGCUGCACCAAUUAUAGCUCCCGGUAAUGGAGACACAGUCACUCAACCACCGACGUCAAACAAAAUGCAGUCAUUUACUGUUUCUGAUGUUGAUGGAUGGCCGUCCAGUGGCAGUGGGGUGACCUUAGGUCAAGUGUCGGGGAUCGCUGUGGACUCUGCAGGGAAUGUACACAUCUUCCAUCGUGCAUCAAGACCAUGGGAUAUUCAUUCAUUCCAAGGAGAUGUCUUCACCCAAUCUAACCAAGGACCAAUCAUAAACAAUACCAACAUCAAGUACGAUUCGAAUACAGGCAAAGUACUCAGCCAGUGGGGAGCAAAUCAAUUCUUCCUACCCCAUGGGCUGUCCAUCGACCAUGAAGACAACAUCUGGUUGACUGACGUAGCCAUGCACCAGGUCUUCAAGUACCCCCCAGGAGGGGCAGGCACCCCUCUCCUCACCCUGGGUACCAAGCUUGAGCCGGGAGAUGACAAGAACCACUUCUGCAAGCCCUCUGACGUCACGGUGGACCCCAAGACAGGCAACUUCUUUGUCUCGGACGGAUACUGCAACGCCAGGGUGAUGAAGUUCUCUCCAGAGGGAAAGCUUUUGUUGCAGUGGGGGCACCAGCUAAAGGGUAUGCUUGCCAGUCUACCGGUAGGUCAGUUCAACCUUCCUCACUGUAUCACCAUGGUAUCGGAUAAGAAUCAGGUGUGUGUGGCGGACCGGGAAGCAGGACGCAUCCAGUGUUUCAGCGCUGAUUCGGGGGAUUUCACCAAGCAGUUUAAUCUUCCUGAGUUUGGUGGUCGCCUCUAUGCUGUCGCCUAUUCAAGUGCAAGUGGUGGUUUACUAUAUGCAGUCAAUGGUCCAUCUAAUGGUGUAAAACCAGUCCAAGGAUUCGCUCUCAAUUACACAAGCACUGAAAUAUUACGCAUGUGGGAACCACAUAGUCAGAAAUUUGAGAAACCUCAUGAUAUUGCAUGCACACCUGAUGGGAAGCUUGUUUAUGUGGCUGAAAUCGGUCCAAAUAAGGUCUGGAAAUUCACAACUAAUGCAGAAGUUUUAUCGUUUGGUGUGAAUUCGUCAGAUUCUAUAAUGCACUCUGUAAGUGUGUUAUCAACAACUGAAUCAGAAACUGCCACAGUUAUUGAGGUAGAGCAUACACUCAAUAGCACAGGUAACAGUACACACUUUACGCCUGUUGCAGGGGAAACACAAGCAACCAACACCAGUCUAAAUGAGAGACUGAAUGGAUUUACCAGUGAUUCCAGCCUAGGAACGACCACCAUCAUAGUGGCUGUACUAGCCGUCCCCAUCCUUCUCAUGCUUCUCGUUGCCGUGGCGAUAAGGUUACAUGCCCAGGGUCACUUCAGGCUUAAUAAGAAGAGGCGGAACUAUAAGGUAUCAGCAGGAGACAAGUUCAGUCUGGGCAGCCUGCUCCACAAGAGGAACGGCUUCAGCCAGGUAGCUACCGACGACAGUGACCCUGAUGCAGCUCAGUGGAGCGAGGAAUCGGACAUUGAGGAAUACAGCAUACUCAACAACACAAAGAGAACACAAAACCUGUGAGACAGACGCACCUCCUCCGUCUUUCUUCUUUCUUUCUUUGUGAUGCACGAGUCGAGAGCCUGUUGAUGUGACCAACGGUACGAGUCGCCCUUUGGCUAGCACUCGUCGUGUUGUGAGGUCGAUCACAUGAACUAUGAUUUUAUUCCAUUUUUAUUACCAGUAUCUACUCAAGAAAAUUUUAUUUUAUUAUGUACUCAAGAAAAUAAUCCUUAUGACAGAGGAUUGUUAAGGAAUUUUCGGAAAUGUAUUUUGAAUUCAAGAGCAUUAUUCAAGUAAUAUAGCUUUAAUAGCGACAUGUAGUGGCACAAAAAGAGAUACAUCCGGAAUAUAAACUGCAUAAUUGUUGAAAAUGACAAUUUCAUCACACAGAGGUAGAACCAUAUUGUUAGGAUAUGGAGCUGUACAGUCAAACCUGCCUAUUACGGCCAUCCAAGGGGAACAGGAAAGGUGACCACUGUAGACAGGUUCUUCAAGACACAUUUCUCUCUUGAGGGAGACAAAAUGCAUGGCCACUACAGACAGGUGGCUUUUAUAGAGAGGUGGCCACUAAGGCAGGAUUGACUGUACCAUCUCGACUUUUACUCAGAUAUGUAUAAAAAUCACAUCCUGACUUGUAUGCAUUUUGUGUUGAGGGUGCGUUUUUUCAUGCCACUAUAUACAUUUUGCUAUUAAACCUACCUUAAGACAAAUUUUUUGGGUGGUUUUCCCCCUGCCAUUUAGGGUAUAACUCUUGGAACAGUACUUUAUGAGCUUAGGACUGAAAGGGCAUGACUGAAAUGAUGAAGUGAGGGGCAGAAAGGCCCUACCUGUAUGUGAGAUAAUGAAUGCAAAAAGAUCAUAUAUAUAUUGGAAUGUGAAUGCAAAGAGACCUGUCUUGAAACUUGUCUACAUCAUUCCAUAGUUAGGCUGAAACUAAAGAUAUCCCAGGUAGUUUACAUUAAUAUCAAAAGAAUACCAAGUAUAAUGCUUAACCAUUCAUACAGAACAUCAAAAGUGUUGUUUAUUUUUUGAUAGUCUGUAGCAUUCCCUUGCAUUUAUCUUCAUUUUUUUUAAACUUUCUUUUUACCAACAACUUUCUGCUCCAUACCAGUACUAAAAUACUUUGGGGAGGGGGGGGGGGGGCUAAACUGUGGAUUUAAGAUAUAAGAUUAAAAAUUAUUUGAUAAGUCCAAUUACCCUAACAAAUUAAAGUUUAUUUCUUCUUCUAUAAAAUUUCUUCUUCUUUGUCCCUUUUUCCUACAUAUCUGGCCUAGUGUCUUUCUUCCAGUAGGAUCUUUAAACAAAAAUAUUUAAGAAAUUGAGAAGUGUUUGGUGUCAGAUUUUGUACAGUGAAACCUGUAUAUAAAGAAUCCUCAAGAGAGACAGAAAAGUGGUGUUUAUAGGCAGGUGGUCUUUAUGUACAGUUUCCUUCAAUAUAGAUUUCUAUGAGAAACAAUUGUCAAUGGAAACUAAAAAAUGUGGUCUUUAUAGACAGGUGGUCUUCAUAUACAGGUGGUCACUAAAGCAGGUUUCGCUGUAGUACAAACUGUCCAAUACUAUUUAUAACUGCUUUCUACAGAGCUACAGUAGUCGGAAGAACAAUUUUGAUAAUGCUUAAUUUGUCUUUCUAAGCAAUCCUCAAAGCCCUCAAUUUUCUGAGCACCUUUCAAAACAUCUACUUAUAGGAGAGUCUGUAUGGCUUGUGUACAUUUUCUAAUAUUUAUUAUGCGGAACUUGAAAUAUAUCGUUACUUGUCGUACUGAAAAACAAAAUUCAUUUCAAAGGUUUUUGUACUUGCUACAAGGAAAUGAGUUCAAUUGUAAAAUAUGCAAACAUUGAAUAGUAUAUAGUUUGAACUGUGUAAUAAGUUGAAAUUUGAAAGGUAUGUGGUGCAUUUCAAAUGUCAACUUUAAAAAGAGAGGUUAUAUGCCAUGGGUUGUAUGAAUAGUAAUGUAUAUGAUGCUUGUUUCUGUAUUACAUAUACAACUAAUUUUCUAAGAGAUAUGCAGUAGGUCUAACCAAGAAUUUCAGCAGUUAUUUGCAUAUUAUUAUUGUAAACCAAUCUUUACAUGUAGUUUUAAAAGGACCACCGACAAUAAUUUCAAUUAUUCAAUAUGAAUAUAUCAGGAAAAAAAAUUGUUUGGUUAAUGUUAGCAUUUAUGGACAUGUGGUAUUCUUUUAGACCAUCAUUAUGAUGGUGCUUGAAUUCGAUUUACCAGUACAUCUCUCUUUACCACACAGUUGAAUGGACAAAGCGUUAUGCUGGUCCCACCAAACCAAAUACAUGUAUGUGCAAUAUAUAUAUAACUUUUGGAAGGACCAGACAUUUUCAUUUUGAAGUGAGAUACUGAAUACCAUUCUAGUUUAAUCAUUCCUAAUUUACAGUGUCAUUCCGACAUCCCUCUAACUCUGCUAGAUCACAAGAUUUCAUGACACAAAUUAGAAGGAUGUCAUCUAUUUAAACUAGCAGGGAUAUGAGUGUAUGUCUUUUUUGCUUCUCAGUAGACGAUGUGUCUUAUCAUAUGUUUUCGUUUUCUUGUAGGAUUAAUUCAUUUUUAUUUUGCGUGAUUAUAUUCUUCUUAUUUUGUCAAGUAGUAUUUAUUUGCAUUACAUUGGUUGUCCCAUAACAGAGGGAGGGGGAGAGUGAGAGAAAAUUACAAGAAAGAAGAGCGAUGCUUUAAUUCCUUCAUUCAGAUAGAAAAAUGAAUUGGAGGUUUUCAUUUUUUUUUUAUGUAAUCACCUUUUUUCAGAGAAAUAAAAAAAAAACAGAAAAUGCUCUUGAUAGGCCACUCUAAAAUGUAGCAUUUCUCUCCUGAGGAGGGUUUUGACAUAACUCACUUGCAGUUACCAUGGCAACUAGAAGGGUAACACUUGCAGGCCACCCCCUCCCCUCCCUAUGCCAAUAUUUUGCAUCCAAUCUGUGCCUAUAGUUUUUUCAAAUUUUGCUAAAAUAAACUCAAUGAAUGAGAGUGUUUGGUCACCUUUUUUUUUAGCACCGCCUAUAAUAUUAAUAUGAUUAGUACAGAUUUCUUUGUUAUUAUGAUGUUCAGUUGUCCCAACGAUGGAUUUAAUAAUUGGGUUAUUUUUAACCAUUGAUGAUGAAAAAAUAUCAGUAUGUAUACAGUGCUGUUAAAAAGGUAAAUUGAAAAUCAUUGUGUAUUAUUCUAAAUCUAAUUUAAAGAUAUUCAAAGCAAUUAAUGUAAAUACUUUUGAUGAAGCAUUGCAGAAUAUCAGAUAAUUCAUUUUGAUUCACUGGUAACAGCUGACAAGCUGGUACUCUUUAAGAUUGUGAUAUGUUUUUGUUUUUCUUUCUUGAGUUCCAUUUCCAGCUCAAGUGAAGUUUGAUGAGAAUUCUUUUUCAUUUCUCAUGUUACUUUGUGCAAAUAAUCCGUCUUUUUGAGUGUGAAAAUGGGUUGGAUUGUAAAAAAAAAUAUGUACAGAAUUUGAAGAAAAAGAAAUGCAAUGAUACAUAUUUUUGUCAAAGAAACAUCUUUGAAAUAACUGGUGGUUUUGUGUUGAUACUAAAUGUUUAGUUAGAUGCUGUAAGUAUAAUGCAAUGUCUUUGACCACAUUUUCUAGCAUGUCUGAGAUAACAGAAGAUACCGCUGUAAAUUCAUCAAAAAAUUUAGUACAGACUAGUAUUUAACUUGCAUUGUAAUAGAAAGAGAACUUUUAUAGUAUUUUUAAGGUUGAUAACUGCCUUUCAUUUUUUUUUUUUUUUUAAAUACUUAUUAUACAGACAAACAUGCUUAUGGUAGAUAGGAUUUAUCGGGUUUUAUAUUUUGUUUACAAAAUGAAUCGUAAAAGCAUCUAUUCAGAAGUAUUAUCAUAUGCCAAACUGCCAAAAUAGCAUGCUCGUCAUGGCUUGGAUUGCAUAUUUAAGCUGAUGCAUAUUGAACCCUGUUUGUAGCUCUAAAAUGGCACUAUUUCUUGAUGAAACACAUUUGUAUCGAUAUACUGAUAGUGAAAUAUUCAAGUGAUAAUCGUAUGACUAUUUGUUUGCAUUAUUUGCACAAACGUUUUUGAAAUAACAUGGUUUAUUUACUUUUAUGUAAAAGAGAACGAAAUGCAUUUAUGGGUUGAUAUACACAAAGUAACCUUCUUUUUUUUUUCUUUGUUAUUCAUAACAAAGCCAUAUCAUUUUAUUAUGCACAUUAUGAUAAAUUUGUCAUUUAGAAGAAUGCUGUAAGAGGGAAUCUGGAAAAGGAAACAUGAUUCUGUAAACAAUUUUGAACCGCCUGCUUUGGAUUUAAAAUUUAGCGUGUUGGUGGGUUCAUAUAAAAAUCUCAACAUCUUACAUGCUAUGUUUAUCAUCUGUAGUCAACCAAAAGGGUGUUAACUAUGUGUGAAAGUUUAUGAGUUGAUGCCCUUGAAGCUUACAGCAUGCAAUAUCAGGUAUUAUGAUUUUCAUGUUUUCAUUUGUGCUGCUGCUGCCAAAUAUGCCGUCGAUGGACAAUAUAAAGGAAAUGCAAAUUGAAAAUGUUUGCUGAAAUAUGCAAGCAUGUUGUAAUAUUCAGCUUUUCAAAUCACCAACAUUCAUAUAUAAAUAUCUGAUGUGUUAGUCAACCUCCAACUUGACUUGUUAAACUGCCCAAAUAUGUAUUAAUAAAAAAAUAUAUAAAAAUGUUCUAAUUUAUGUAGAUCUAUAAAGAUAUUUUUACCACAACAUUAAUGUGAGAAAAUUAUGAAAAGCUAGUAUAUUACAUCUAGAUUAGUAAUUCAAGUCAGAAAUACAAAAUAAUUAAUCUCAGUAGAUUGGGUCAAAGUUUACAAUGGGUUGCAAUGGACUUUGCUUAUAUAUUCAUUCAACGCUGGUUUAGUCCUGCAAAAGUAUUUUGACUUUAUUCAAAUUGAUUGGGUGAUUCAUUUUGAUUAAAUCGUAAUUUAAUAUAAGUAAAAUGAAGUAAAUUGCCAAGUCUGUUGAUAUGAAUGUUAAAGUAUACGUUUAGGAACGAGGACCAGUGUAGGGCUUUUGAAAGAAAAAUUAGACUAGUUGCAUAUAAAAAAGGAUUUAUUUUGUAAUCAUAGAGAAUAUUUUGUGCUGAUUUGUAUAUCUUGGUUUAUCCUUGCCAUAUCGUUCUCAUUGGUGUUAUUUAUUGUUUAUACUGCUUUGCUAGCUGUUUAUGCUUGUUGUGCAGCUUUGUGUGGUAGCAUUACUAUUUUUUGGUAUUGGAUGUUUAUAGAUUUGGAGGAUAAUGUAAACUACACAGAAUAUAUUGAGAGAUGAAUGUCUUCAGUCAAAAGAUAUAA